CUGUUUUUCUUUUCUAUGACACACCCGGUUUAUGCCCAGCUAGAUUCGGUGGAACUGGUUUUGGAUGAGCUCCCAUAUAUGUUUUAUUUGGGCCUGUUUUUUGUGAACGUCCUCAUCCUCUACUAUGCCUUUCUGAUGGAGUAUAUUGUCCUGAAUGUGGGGAUAGUGUUCCUGCCCGAGGACAUGGACCAGGCGCUGGUGGACCUCGGGGUGCUGUCCGAUCCGGCCUCCGUACCUUAUGACACCGACCCGGAGAUGGAUGUGUUUGAGGGAUACUUGGAAUGACAAGGUGGGACUGAGGCAUCAAAGCCAUGGGGAAUCAUACCUCACAGUGGAUGCUAUUGCAAGCUGCCUCUCAAAGAGACGUUUUAUUGCAAAAGUUGUCUCGACUCAGAGGAAGGUAGCCUGGUGAAGAGUGGACUGAUGGCUGCCUCUUCAGCAACUUUGUGUUGAGGUCCAGCACCAUUGGCUCUUGCUUUGGACACAAAAAGGGAAAUCUCUGUGUGCGCCCAGUAAAGCUCCUAGAAAGCUACUCUCACUACCCAAGCGAUGGAAAAUGGUUCUCCUGACUUGGAUGAAGAUCCAGCAGCCUGGCACACACUCCCAACUCCCCCAGCUGGUUCACUCAGUCAGAACGGGUCUUUUGAGGUUCCUUACGCUGUAUUCCAGCACCAUCAGGGACAUGCACUCUCUCAGGAGUACAGUUGGCGACUGGGUGCGCUGACAACACGUAAUGCUAUUACUGAAGAUAUGCUGUGAAGCAAA